AUGGAGGAUUUCAAGGAGAUAGAGGGCUUGCUCGAGAGCGCCCGGCCCGACGACGAGAACACCACAACGCUACAAAACAUCCGAAAGUAUGCGAAGCUCGCUCUACCGCACAUUGUGCUCGUCGUCUGCGUGUGCAUCUACGCUACCAUCGGCGCGUGGAUCUUCUACACACUCGAGUCGCCCAACGAAGAUCGGCUGAAAGAGACGGGCAGAAAGACGAUCGCUGAAAUGAGGAGUAAUCUCAUCUAUAAGAUCAAUCAUAAUGAUGAAGAAGAAUGGAAGCAAGACAUCGAGAAGGAGUUGAUGCUGUAUAGUGAAAAAUUGUACAAGGCGUUUAAGGAACAAUAUGUUAGGUACUCUGACGUUCGAAACAUCGGCUACGAAAACCGGGCGAGUAGUGAAGAAGACGAGAUGGGCGGUGACAACGAGAGAAAGAGGAGGCACAGACACGGCAAGAACCGAGGCGAGAAAGGAUCCGAGAAGAUGUGGACGACGAGUAGUGCUCUAUUCUUCGCCGCGACGACCAUGGCGACGAUAGGUUACGGUAAUAUUGUUCCGGUGACACCUCUUGGAAGAUUGGCGUGUGUCUUGUUUGCACUUUUUGGUGCUCCAAUUGCUAUUAUCACUAUUGGAGAUCUCGGAAAAUUCCUGUCCGAAUGCACCAUCUGGCUGUACAAACAGAUGCGAAAAGGGAGCGCCCGUCUCGACUCGGCGUGGAAGCGAUUUCGUGGUCUCGAGGAUAGUAUAAACGACGAUUUGGAGAGUGCGAGUAAGAAUCAGGAAUCGUCAAUUCUUGACAUGGAAAUGGACGAGAUUGACAAGUCGGAAGUGCCCGUUUUGAUGGUUUUCACAAUUAUCUUGCUCUACAUCGCAUUCGGUGGAAUCCUAUUCUCAGUGCUCGAAGAUUGGUCGUAUAUGGAUGCUUUUUAUUACUCAUUCAUCUCACUAACAACAAUAGGUUUCGGAGAUAUUGUGCCGGAGAAUCAUGACUACAUCGCUAUUAUGCUCAUCUACCUCGGCGUCGGCCUAUCAGUCACCACAAUGUGUAUCGAUUUAGCUGGUAUUCAAUAUAUUCAGAAGAUCCAUUACUUUGGAAGAAAGUUCCAAGGAACCGACCUACUCCAGUAUCUUAAGAAGAAGCGAAUGUUGGAGAGGAGGUUAGCGAUGGGACAGGGAGAAGAGAUACUCAGGAAAUAUGUACACGCUGUGGAAAAAUUCGAAAGGGAACAAGAACAACAGCUACAACAGAGGAUAGAGGAGGAUCCACCGUCCAUUGAGUCGAAAGCGUUUGAUAAUAGUAUGAUGAGAAUCGACGACUCCCUAUCCGCAUUCCAACUCCGAUUCUAUGACACAUACGACGAAGAGGACCUCUUCUCACCCACAAUUCAUUCGGUUCGAAGUUUUCAACCGAGUGUUUGGAGUAACUCUUCAGCUAGAUCAACAAGUUAUCUGCGAUUCCAACGACAUCGAGGUGCUAGUUGGGACGAGUCCGGUCCGUCCCUAUCCGAACAUUGCUCAUUAUCAACCGAGCCUUCCGUACAUAUCAGACAAGCCUACUGGGAUAAUUAUCAUUCACCGACACCGUCAGUGAUAUCAUUUUUACACCGUCACUUAUACUCACCUUCUGUAGCUUCAUCCAUAUCAUUUGAUUACGAUUGUUUGGCAAAAGACGCCAAAUCGGCACGACGAAGUAACUCGUGUCCCCCGAUAGACCUUCCCUCUCCACCACCAUCCAAUUCCGUAAGUCACUCUUCCCAUCGUCGUCCAACCUCCGCUCGGACAAUACCAUCCCGAUUUCCAAAGCAUGCAUACGCUUCCGAUCCGAUAUUCUCAUCGGCUCCGCUUUCCUUUCGUUUACCAGAACCCUUCAUGCUCUCCAAUCUUGCCGCUAUCUGUGACGCUUUUGACAAUGAUAUGGAUGCAUGUAACAAUCUAGUAUUCGGCUCAUUUCGACAGUCCCAACUAUCCGCUAAUCGUCAUGACGGCUUGGAAGAUCAGUCAUGUACCGUAAGACCUCAGCCUGUCGUGGUCCACGCGGAGGCUCCGCCCCCUUACGUCCCAAAGCUUCUGUUAUCCCCUAAACGGUUGUCAGUGAUAGAUGAGAAUAAGAUUGCAACGUCACCAGAGCCAUUAUUAAAAAGAAAACAUAAGGAACGUGUGGCAAGACAACAGAACCCUCUGCACUCCUUCGACUGGUUGAAUGUCAGUCCCCGACGGUUUCGCCCCGAGCUUCUUAUUAAAGAUGACCUACCGAAACUCUUCAAAUUGGUACGAAACUCCACAAAACGAUCCCUGGAAUCCCCCACCCAGACAUCUGAAACAACGCUUCCCGACUUGUCAUGCUCCGAGUCGAACCCCGAAAGUGUUGUGUUGAUUAGUCCGAGAUCGCCAAUCGGUCUUGCAUGUAUGCAAGAUUGGGAUUCAUACAUCCAGAUGCUUGAAGAGGCGUCACGUGCAUUCCAAUACCCUCCGGAAGACGAUAUCGAUGAGGAGGAGGAGACGGAGAUAGAGGAAGACGAACAGUUUGAGGAGGAGGAAGAGGAAGUGGAGGUCUUGGAUGAGAGAGAAUGCAUCCCCCAUCUUUUGUUAUCCGACUACGAGAAUCUGGAAGUCUCCGUCUCCACAUCACCGCCAAAACGACAACUUCACUCGGCACCGAGGGUCUACUACCAGCCGAGACCCUCCUUGUUCUCUCAGUGCUCCGUGAGCAACAAAAAUUACGAACCGCCCGAGAUUAUACCCGAGGAGGUUCAUGAGAGCAAGAUUCCCAGCCCCGUUUCCUUCGAUCCCCAAACAUCGGAAUCCGAGGAGGAGCCGAUGGCCGUGUUUGUGGAAGAGGAGAAACGACCGCCACCGCAAAACGAUAUCGAUUUGGGCGCCUUUGAGCUGGUGGAUUCUGGUCUAACCCCGGAAGCGUUGCUCUCCAAAGACGAGCCAGUAAUCUUCCACCAGAGUAUGCCAGUCCACUCGGUGCACCACGACACCGUCCAAACCGAAGCAGCCCUGGCGAAUCUGAUGGCCGCACCGUCCAGUAUGCUCACCAACGCCAUCCCGCCUAUCAUGGUAGAAGACAACUAUUGUUUUGUCGUGGACGGGGAGCGGGUCCGGAUGGGUGACAUACUUGGUGAUGAUCAGUGGUGGAGGCAUACUUCUCGGCCGACGAAAUACUUUUAUUCGGAUGAUUUGAAACAGUUCCAUCGGGUGAAUUGUAUCACUGCCAAAGGGAAGGUGAUAACGGCGAAGUUGGCGACACAGAUGCCCCACCAACCAUCAACAUCAAUGUCUGCAUCAAUGUCCCACACCCAAUCGUUAUCCGCAUCCACACAUGCUCAAAUACACCCGCAGCACCACAGUAUGUCGAACACGCCGAGAUCUUCGAUCUCCGGCGGCACCCAUCAAACAGCGCACACAACACCGAGUCGCUCCUCCCACCACGACGCGAACAAAGUGCCUCUAAACAACGUGUACAAAGUGAUCCGUUUCUACUCUUUCUGGAAAACAUGCACAUCAUUCCAUCGAAUAGUCACAAUGAUUGAUAAGGUCGUCGACGAGCCGUCGAACACUUCUGGCGGCACAACAUUCAAAAAACGACUGUUCGUACAGUACCUGUGGAGGAAUGCGAAGGCCGUCGAGAAGGCGAGAGUACAGAAGGAAUUCGAUCCGAGACGACAACGACUUCUGCGAUUUGUCACUGAUCCGGCGGCGAGGAAAAGGUUCCAGAAGAUAUUUGUGGAGGACGACCUGUUUGCGGUGAUUAUCGAUGAGAAUGGGAAUGAGUCGGAGUCGGAGGAAGAGUUGUCGGAUACGGAGGAGAAUCAGAACAAUAAGGAUCCGCAGAACUUGUUGAGGAAACUGAAAAUGGAGGUGACAACGCAUCCCGGAAAAGGCGGUCAAGAAGUGCCCGUCUACAGCAACGACGAUGAGCAUCCCCUCGACGGCCCUCACACAAUCCUUCACGCCGUUCAGUGUCCCAAAAAGUUCAUUGCAACCGUCGCCCCCACGGAAGUCGCUGACACCGCUUGCUUCGUCUGUGAUUCCAAUCUGGUCUCUAUGCAAAUGAUCGAGGAAGACGCCGAUCACAUUCAUUGGAAGCAGACAAUGUCCACCACUCAUUACUAUGCAACUGACAACUGGAAGGACGAUUUCUAUCGUGUGACACCUCUGAUGUGUCGAGGGGUGUUACGUGGCGCGUAUAAAGUCGGGAAGGAUCGGAGUGGAAAGAUACAAAGGGUGGAUAUUAUAAGGGUGUACCGUGUCACCCGCCACUUCAGUUGCUGGAAAACCGUCCCAAUAUUCCACCGAGUAAUCUCCCUGGUUGAAGCAGCACUACCCUAUAAACAAAUGACCUCAAAACAGAAACAAUUGCUGAAAGCCAACGGAAAUAAGCUGAUCAAUCGACUAUUCAUACAGUACUACUGGAGAUUUCAACAGAGUUUCGUUAACCGUGAACAAGUGCUCAAUGAAUACGCCGAGUCUUCAAAACGAACACGAGCCAAAAAAUCGUGGAUUCGAGUUGUCAAGAAUGUGGCACGACUGAGAGCAGCGACUAGUAUAUUGGCAGCUGCAAGGAAGAAUACAUUAUAA